AUGCUUAGAAUACACACUCUGAAAGUUGACAAAAGAGUUGUCACAAAAUGGCAAAAAGAAUGUUCGGCAACUUCCUUUUCCACCACAACGCUAAUUGACGGUAAAUCGGCUGCCGCCAUCAUCGGCUCAGACUUUGCCGGAACCAUUAUAGAGACUGGCUCGGGGGUAUCACAGCUCGCGCGUCCGCUAGCUGUGGGUGAUCGUGUCUGCGGUGCCGUCCACGGCUGUAACCCAGCCGACCCUCGGAGCGGUGCAUUUGCUCAAUACGUCAAAGCUGACGCGAGCCUUGUGAUGAAGGUUCCUGCAUCAAUGGCUUGGGAAGAUGCGGCGACGUUGGGCGUUGCUCUGGGUACUUCUUGUAUCUCGUUCUGGAAAGCGCUUGGAUUGACGGCAACCCCAAAUGAGCCCGCCGCAACCCCUUUCCCUAUCUUGGUGUACGGAGGCUCCACCGCAAUGGGGACUAUGGCAGUGCAGAUCUUGAAGUUGAGCGGCAUCACCCCAAUCGCGACCAGCUCACCCAAGAACUUCGACCUGGUCAAGUCUUUCGGGGCCAAGCAGGUGUUCGACUACGCCUCACCCACCUGCGCAGCGGACAUCAAGUCGUUUACAAACAAUUCAUUGAAGUAUGCGCUCGACUGUAUUACGGAUGCUGACUCGACGCAAAUCUGCCACGCUGCCAUUGGUCGGGCGGGAGGGAGGUAUGCCUGUUUGGAGCUUCCACAGCAGGAGCUCCUCACACGCAAAGCAGUGAAUUCCGAAUUCGUCAUGGCUCACGAACUUCAUGGGAGGGAAAUUGACCUGGGUCCUGAAUAUGGGAGGCCUGCUUCACAGGCGGCUAAGGAUCUUGGGGUUCAAUUCUUUCGGAUUGCGGAGAAGCUAUUGGAAGAAAACAAGAUUAAAGUUCACCCUGUGUAUGUUCUUUCUCGUGGAUGGAAUGGGAUUUUGGAUGGGUUCACUCUCAUGAAGAGUGGACAGGUAAAUGCCCGGAAGUUGGUUGUGCCACUCGGUCAGUAG